AUGGCUUCGAGAUUUAAAAACUAAUUGGUACAUCCUUUACUUUCUAAUAGAACUAUUAUAGGUCAAGGAAAGUUUUCAUAUGUAUAUAAAGCACAGAGGAAGACUGAUGGGCUUUGUGUAGCACUAAAAUUGAUCAAGAUUUUUGAUAUGGAAAAUGAUAAGUAGAGAGACAGUUGUUUGAAGGAAGUGCAGUUGCAUUAGGUAAGCAACCAUUAAAAUAAAAUUAACAUAACUAAUAAUUAGUCUUUAGACCAUCCUAAUAUUGUCAAAUAUCUCAACUGGUUCAUUGAUAAUAAGCUGAAUGAGCUUUUUAUUGCUGUAGAGUGGGCUGAGAAAGGAGAUCUGAAACUAAUCGUUAAAAAGGCUAUUGAAGAAGAUGUGAGUUUUCCUGAAAAGAGGAUAUGGGAAUAUGUACAUCAAAUAGCAGGAGCAUUAUAGCAUAUGCAUGAAAAAAGAAUUAUGCACAGAGAUUUGAAACCGGCAAAUAUUUUCAUUGACAAUCAGGGAAAUCUUAAGGUUGGAGAUCUUGGACUGAGUAGAUAGUUUAGUACGUAAACCUUUGAGGCCUUUUCAAGAGUAGGUACACCUCUAUAUAUGAGUCCUGAAGUACUGAUGGGUAAAGGGUAUGAUUGGAAAAGUGAUGUGUGGAGUUUAGGAUGCAUUGCGUAUGAAAUUUGCAUGCUUAGAAGUCCAUUUAGACAAGAUGAUAAAGAGAAUUUGUCUCUUUACGAUUUAUUUUAGAGGAUCACUAAGGGCUAAAUCCCACCAAUGUCAGAAAAAUAUAGCGCUGAACUUAGAUAAAUGGUAAUGGCAAUGCUAAAAUUAGAUCCUGAUCAGAGAUUCGAUAUUAGUCAAGUUUGCGAACUUUGUGAAACUUACAAAAAAAUGGUUGCAAGUAAGCCAUUAAUCGACACUUAUCUAAUAAUGGAUGACAUAACUGAAAAAUUAAGUCUCCUUGACUACGAGAAUUCAUUUUGCAAAGGCUGGAAAUAAAAAAGGAUCUCAAGAAUUUACUUUGCACAUGCUAAUACAGGUGAGGAUCCAACUUAAAGGGCCAAUUAUUUAUAUGACAUUGUGUUUUGGCUGAUGUCUCUAAAUAAGGAUAAGAGCAAGAAACUUGGCCCAUUUGUACCGUUUAAGGAUUUCAAAGGAAAUCUUAAUGAUGCUAUGGCUAAGCUAAUAACUGAUCUGAAAAAAUUUGGAUAUUCAGGUUCAAAGACUUUAAGAUAAGAAUAGAUAAAGCCAGGAUAUGGAGACUCUGUCUGCCACAUAAUAGACGAACUAUUGAAUCUUGAGCUUUACCGUCGAGAAUUUUAGUUUAAUCAGCCAGUGUUCCCACCAGAUGACGAGGAGUAACACUAGGAUGAUGAAGAUGAAGAUAAUGAGCUCAAUGACUCAAUAAUUUUGAUUAAUGGAGGAUAAAUUGAAGCUAGAGAGAUUAGAGAUUCACCAGAUAAUCAUUACAAGGGUGGGUCUUCUUACUAAUAAAGAAGGAAUAUUAAUCCAAACAAUAUUGAGGAGACUAAAAUUAACUUCUAUGAUCCAAGUCAAUAUUAGAGAGCGCCAGUUCCCUACAUUCUUGAGAAAGAAGAAGAUGAUUAAAUACUUGAAGGAAAGAUAGAUCCAAUAGAGUGGCGAAAAGAGUUAGAUAGAGUAGAAGUUGAUUUAGAAAAUAUUGAGAAAGACAUUGAGCUUGGUAAAUUAAGAGGACAAGUAGGCGAUGACGAUAUCGAAGAAUGUCGUAGACAGAUAGAAGUCAUUAUAGAUCUCUGCAGAGAUAUAAAGGACACUUGCCAUUAAGAUGUCAGAAAAAUUUUCGCCAGAUCUGCUGAAAAACUAGAUGAUGAUCUUACUUACAUAAGGAAAAAUGAAAUCAGAAUCAACUAGAAUAAUGCAGGCUAGAUAACUAAACUCAAUUAGGUCACUCUUUUGAAGAAAAAUCUAGCUACUGAACUUCGGACUCUGAUAGACGUUGUAAAACGCUAAGACUUUGAAAAUAAGGAGCUUCAAAACAAAAUAAAUACCUUGAAUCAUGCAUAUGAUGAGAUGGUAGCUGAUAUCGGAGGUUAAAGACAGUUGAAGAAGCUUAAGGCUUCAAUCGUUUAAAUCAAAAGUUCAAUCAAAGAGUACAACUUAAAUGAGGGUGUUCUACAAAAUACAUUAUUCAGUUGUAACUAUAUGAAAAAGGGCAGGCAUCACUUGUUCGAUGAGAUCGAAAACAAUAAACAAUUUGAUGAGUCUAAUUUGGAAGAUGAAUUUUACAAAAGCAUGAAAUUAGUUAGUAGCAGCAAUAAAAAAGUAAAACUACAUGAUGGAGCGGGUAGUAAGUCUUUCCUAAAGUCUUGA